AUGAUGGGUUGCUGUUGCCUGUCACGCCAUCCAUCAAGCUAUUCAGCUCCUCCCGAAAUAUCAAUAUUAUUCAAACAGGAACUGCCUCAAUGUAAAAAACAAGUGACCUACAGGAUUCCAGCUCUCAUAUAUAUCAGUGAUAAACAAACCUUCCUUGCCUUUGCUGAAAAGCGGAAAACCCCAAGUGACACAGAUGCAGAAUUGCUUGUGAUGAGAAAAGGAUUGUGGAAGAAUGACAAUAAUCCAGUUAAGUGGGUCAGUGGUCAACAGGUGUUUACGUCAGCUUGUCUCCCAAACCACCGCAGCAUGAAUCCAUGUCCGGUCUAUGAGAGAAAGUCCAAAACCCUCUUUCUGUUUUUCAUUUGUGUCCCUGUUGGGGUCUCUGAACAGCAACAAAAAAACGAGAAAAAGAAUCAGGCACGCCUUUGUUACAUAACCAGUAAGGACACUGGUGAAACCUGGAGUGCUGUUACUGAUUUGACAGCAGAUGUGAUCGGUGAGCAGGUGAAGAACUGGGCCACCUUUGCUGUUGGACCAGGACAUGGAAUUCAGAUGAAGAGUGGGAGACUGAUUAUCCCAGCGUACACAUAUUAUUUCACCUCAGAAAAUCCACCCACAUCGCAUGCAUUUGCAAUCUACAGUGAUGAUAAAGGGAGCACUUGGCAUAUCGGAAAGUGUAUGAAUGGUCUACCUUCAAAUGAAUGUCAGAUGGCUGAGAUCAUCGAUGAUGAAGGCAACAGUAAACUUUACUGCAAUGCUCGAAGCACAAUUCACUACAGGGUCCAGGCUCUAAGUGAAAGUAAAGGAACAGAUUUUGACACGUCUUCAUCUGUAAAUAAACUGAUAGAGACUGGAAAUGGUUGCCAAGGAAGCGUGUUGAGUUUUACCCCUGAUCAAGCAUCUGAAAAAACAUGGCUGCUAUACUGCCACCCAACCAAUGCAACCAAUCGAUUAACCCUUGGCAUAUACUUAAAUAAAUGUGCGAGUGACUUGUCUGGAUGGGGUAAUCCUGUGAUUCUGCAUGAGGGUCCAAGUGGAUACAGUGAUCUGACUCAGUGUGGGGAUGGAAAACACUUUGCCUGUCUCAUGGAAUGUGGAGAGAAAAGUGAGCUUGAAGGAAUAGGCUUUAUCCUGUUUGAACAGAAAGAUGACAAGGCCGAAAAAUUACAAAUUACCAAAUUUACUAAACAGAAUUGA